CUUAUGUUUUCCCGAUGUGGGACUGCAGAAAUGAACAUUCAGUACUCAUGCACAGGCUAAUGUGGUGAUGUCUGAUGAGGCAAUAGUUAAGCAGUUGCAAAGAGAACUGGAUAUAUUGGAGAGUGUAGAAGAGUUUGGGAUCAAUUUUUGCCACAUCUAAUUCCAUGGCAUUUCGUAAUCAUUUUCCGUUUGAUGGAGAGUUGUGGCAGCCUAGUUUUGUGGUUGGUCGAAUUGUCUCCCACUUUUGGGAUUUUUUGGAUGUUCAUUGCUCAGAGGCAAUUGGAUCGAGGUCAGACUAUCUCUAGGCUCUAGCCCUACUACAAUUCAUUCUGUUCAUGGAUGGCAGCCUCCUAGAAAGGGAGUUAUUAAAAGCUUUUAUUUGGCUUGUUAAAGCAUUUAGUAAUACAACAAGCAAUGAGACAUAAAACAUACAUCGUUUGAUUUUGAUUUCUGAAGUUCGGACGAAGAAGUGGCGCAUUUGUGCAGUGAUUCGACUUCCUGUGCUGUAAGAGAUGGCAGUAGAAGACCGGUGGAUCGAUGUUAACUUGCAAAUAUUUGUAAAACAGUAAUAAUCCAAACUUUGUUGGUUGACAUUAGGAAGUUGUUCUCCUCUCCUUCCUCUUCUCAUUGGUGGUCUUUGGAGCAUUUUGAACAUUGGCUAAUUUGGGGGGGGUUUUACUCUCCUUGAGAUAGCUAGUUGGAACUGGAAUUUUGUGCCCUUACUCUUUUUGGACAAUUUGAGGAAAAACUUGUGCUAAUUGGGGCAGGGGCCGCGCGAACGCAGGCCCCCACUAUCACAAAUUAUGACAGAAGCUCCACCACUUGGGUAGACCUUAGACUGGCACCCCUCCUAAGUGCAAUGGAGGUCACCAAUUUAGGCCAUGGGCCUUCUUGAACACCCAUUGACCCUGUCCAGGUAAGUAUGUUGUACCAUAUGCUUUCAAUUUCUUAUAAAGAGCUCUCAAUGUAACUCCUACUUGUGUUUUCCCGAUGUGGGACUUCAGAAACAAACAUUCAGUACUCAUGCACAGGUUAAUGUGGUGAUGUCUGAUGAGGCAAUAGUUAAGCAGUUGCAAAUAGAACUGGAUAGAUUGGUGAGUGUGUAGAAGAGUUUGGGAUCGAUUUCUACCACAUAUAAUACCAUGGCAUUUCGUAAUCCUUUUCCAUUUGAUGGAGAGUUGUGGCAGCCUAGUUUUGUGGUUGGUCGAAUUGUCUCCCACUUCUGGGAUUUUUUGGAUGCUCAUUGCUCAGAGGCAAUUGGAUCCAGGUCAGACUAUCUCUACGCUCUAGCCCUACUACAAUUCAUUCUGUUCAUGGAUGGCAGCCUCCUAGAAAGGGAGUUAUUGAAAGCUUUGAUUUGGCUGGUAAAAGCAUUUACUAAUACAACAAGCAAUGAGACAUAAAACAUACAUCAUGAUUUUUGUAAGACUUUAUAUCUAGUGUUUUUAUUCAUGUAGUAUUGUAGUGUGGCUCCAGUAAUGAUCCAAACUUUGUUGGUUGACAUUAGGAAGAAAAGUAAGCAGAGAUUAUUAGAGGUUCAACAAAAGAAAUAUAUAGGAAAAUAUUCUUAAGCUUUGAGGACCAUCGGAUGAGCAAAAGCUUGGGCUUUAGAUAUUGGGCAGGGGCCGCGCGAACGCAAGCCCCCACUACCACAAAUUAUGACAUAGGCUCCACCACUUGGGUAGACCUUAGGCGGGCACCCCUCCCGAGUGCAAUGGAGGUCACCAACCUAGACCAUGGGCCUUCUUGAUCACCCAUUGAUCCCGUCCAGGUAAGUAUGUAAUAAAUUUGGCUUUCAACUUAAUAUGUAGGACUCCCCAGAAAACUCACAUUUAUGUUUUUCCAAUGUGGGACUAUAGAGAAGCAAACAUUACACAACAUCAGUACAUCAACUUCACAUCACCCUCACGAGGUAAGCUGCUUACCUUUGUUAUUGUCAAAUAAUACAAAAGCUGAAUGCAUAUCUUCUUAUCUUGUUAAUGGUUAAGACAUAUUAUUUUCAAAUAGUCUUAAAAAAAUAUCAGUUUUGAAGAACCCUGUAGGAGGAAAUGCAAGAACUGCCAUCAUUUGCACUUAUCAGCCCUGCACGCAGUCAUGUCGAGCAAUUGGAUCCAGGUCAGAUUAUCUCUCGCCCUAAUAUAAUUCAUAGUCUUCAUGGAUGGCAGCCUCCUAGAGAGGGAGUUAUGAAAUGCAAUGUUCAUGCUUCAGUCAAGUAUGUUUCGAGAAUCACGUGUUGUUGUAAGUGCUGUUGUUGGGGAGAAUCCAGGGCUUGAAAGCUGUGUUGUUUGAUAUUCGCUUUGCCAUUUGCAGUUUAGCCACAUGAUAAGCAACCUCAUUGCCAAUUCUCACCUGUGAUGUUUUUGCUUGAUUCAAUUCCUGUUCAUGGCAUUACUGAAAAUUUCUUUUAUACUGUUCUUGUUGGAGACUGUAUAUUGGAGUUGCCAAAAAACCAAUUCGCGCAUCGUAGCAUUACUCGUUUCUUUGGUUGCUAAUGAAUAGAACUAAGGUCAAAGUUAUUUCUCCCUUCAUUAAGCGUGGCACUUUUGAAAAUCUAUUAAAAUGUUGGGGAACUUGUUUUAUAUCAUCGAUUCCGAUUGUUUCUGUGUUGAAGUGGGAUAAUAUUAAAUUUUGGUGUAAAAAAGAUUUGAGAUUGUUGUGUCUAUAUAUGUUCAUAUGCAGUAGUGCUGUUUUACCUUAGUACCUUUGUGUUUGUUGUUCACUGGAGAUGUGUUAGCUGUGUGAUUUUAGGCAUUGUGUGGAAAUUAAAUUGUGCAACUUCGUUUUCUGCACAAAUUUAAAUGGAAGUCAUUAUCGUAAAUGAAUGCAUCAUGAUAUUGAAAUGGUGGCAUUUUAUAUAAUCCUAAAAUAGACCAUGUUCCAUCCGUUAUGGUGUUGACUCCAAUUUUCUAUAACAGUGCCUACAGGAUCCAUAUAACAUUCAGAUGUGCUCUUUGUUUAUGUUACUAUGAAUAUUGUCUUGUUCAAUCUAAUGUGCAUUUUGAUUUUCUGCAAUUAUAUCAUCUGCAAUGUCAUUUUUUGGCAUGCUGCCGUUUGUUGAUGUAAUGCUGCGGUUUUUGAAUUGACCAUCCCCUCUUUCAGCCCCCAUUCAUUCAUAAUACAGCUUUAAAAAAGCAACAUUUCAGCCGUGCUGGAAAAUCAAAUUGUGGAUGAUAUGGCCACUAAUUUUGUGGACAUCUCCUGCCAUUUUGUUCCUGGUUACUUGCCCUACUUCAUAUUUUUUUCACCUGUUCGAAAUGCUUGAGGGGAUUUUAUUUGUCUAAGGUAUUACAUUAAUUAGUGAGUACUAGCUGGAGUUUAAUUAAACUAAUUUUCUAAUAAAUAUGGUGAUAUGAAUAUGAUAAUAUCGUCACUACCAACCACAACGGUGAUCGGUCGGCCAUGACAAAGACGUUGCAAUUCAAACAAGAGAAGUAUAUACCUUUCUACCACUGUCAUGAUGCAUACCUUAUUUCUUGGUGAGCCCUUAACCCUUUGUAACUUAUACACAUCUGUUAAACUAAUCCAUAAUAUCAACCUUUAUUAAUUUAGAAUUUAGACCAACAUUAAUUCCUUAGUGGACCAACUUUGAAAACAUCACACCAUUGGAGGAAAAAAGACAAAAAACAUUGAAAACAUCAUUCUUUUUACUUCUCCAUAGCAAGCUAGGUUUUCUUUGGCAUACAUAUUCAUUUGAUAAUGUAGAUAGGAGUACAAGAAGUUGGUUGUUUAAAUAUAUACUUGUUCAAGAGGCUAAGGAGACUAAUUCCAAGCAGAAACCAGUGUCAAAAAGCUAACCCUAGUGAUAUGCAUGAUGGAUCCAAUCUUAUAUAAGGCUGCAAUGGAAGGAAAUAUUGAGGUUCUCAGGCAAAAAGCUGAUCAAUUUGAAAUCCAAGUGACCCCCAACAACAACAAAGUCCUCCACGUUGCAGCUCAGUUCAUUCAAACAAAGUGUGUGACGGAGAUCUUACAGAAGUGCAGUCGAUCACUGCUUUGUUCGGUGAAUAUCAAAGGUGAGACUUCACUUCACAUUUCGGCAAGAGAAGGACACACCGACAUAGUACAAGCACUUAUUGAAUAUGGGAAAACACUGGACAUUGACCUUGAAAGAGGCAUUGGAGCUACCAUGGAGAUGUUGAGGAUGAGGAAUGUGGAGGGUGAUACGGCCUUGUACGAGGCUGUGCGAAAUAAUCAUCUUGAUGUGGUUGAGAUUUUGACGAAAGAAGACCCCGAAUUUUUACAUUUUCCCAAUAAUGCCAAUGAGACUCCACUUUACCUGGCUGCAGAGAGACGUUAUCUAGCUGUUGUGAUUCAAAUUUUACAAAAUUGCAUUUCACCAGCUUACAUUGGCCCAAAUGGAAGAACAGCUUUACACGCCGCAACAAUUUGUUACGACGAAGAAUGCAUAAGAAUUUUAUUCGCCUGGAAGCCAUCACUAACCAAGGAAGCAGAUGUGUAUGGAUGGAGACCACUUCACUGUGCUGCAUGGCUUGGCCAUGUAUCCGCGGUUAGACAAUUACUUGAUCUGGAUAAAUCCGUGGCAUACGUUGUUACAGACAACGAUGACAAUAUGUCAGCACUUCAUAUAGCAGCAAGCGAAGGCCGUGUAGAUGUCAUGAAAGAACUAUUAUCACAUUGUCCGGAUUGUUGGGAGAUGAUCAACAGUAGAGGCCAGAAUAUCCUUCACACUGGGGGGAGCAUGAGAAAAUGA